CAUAUCAAUUAUGUUUUAGUGGUAUGGUCAAACCUACUAAAUAAAUCACAAAAGUUGAUAGUUAAAAUUAACUUGAGUAACAAAGGCGUCCUGUUACUACAUAAAACACCGAUCAUCAAGUCAACUUUCUCUUGUCUAGUUAAUUUUUAAAAACAGGAAUAAAAAUUGGAUAGAUCUCAAAAUGAAGGUAGAACUGUUGAAUGCUACUACAAAAGCAGUCUUGAUCACCUUUGACGAUCUCUCAAUCUAUACUUCAGUUGGGGAAAUAAAAGAACUUUAUAGAAAUGUGAAACCACAUUUGUAUCCAUCACGACAAGCGUUUCGUGUAGAGCCCCGUGGUCCGAUACUCGAUGACAAGCAAACCCUUCAAUCAUUAAAGUUUGAUAGUACUGCAAGAUUUUAUUUUAAAGAUCUGGGCCCUCAAGUUCAAUGGAAAACAGUUUUCUUAGUUGAAUAUGCAGGCCCGUUAUUUGUUUAUUUAAUAUUUUAUCUUCGGCCAAGUAUAAUUUAUGGUGUAGGUUCCAAUGCAAAGUUGAUUCAUGAAAAUGUUCAUCUUGCUUUUGGUUGUUUUAUAUUUCAUUAUGUUAAGCGAUUGUUGGAAACCCAAUUUGUUCAUAGGUUUUCUCAUGGUACAAUGCCAAUAGGAAAUUUAUUUAAAAAUUGCACAUAUUAUUGGGGCUUCACAGCUCUUGUAGCAUACUUUAUAAACCAUCCACUCUAUACUCCAGCCACCUAUGGGUAUUUACAAGUAUACACAAGUCUUUUUGGAUUUUUGCUUUGCGAGCUUGGGAAUUAUUCUAUUCAUGUGGCUUUAAAAAAUUUAAGACCAGAAGGAUCAAAGGAAAGAAAGAUACCAAAUCCUACAUCAAAUCCUUUUACUUGGUUGUUUCAUUUAGUAUCUUGUCCUAACUACACUUAUGAAAUUGGCUCUUGGGUGUUUUUUACAAUAAUGACACAAACACUCACAAGUGGUUUGUUUACUCUGGUAGGUGCAGCACAAAUGACUGUGUGGGCAUUAAAGAAACAAAAAGCAUACAAACGCGAAUUUAAAGAAUAUCCACGUCGUCGAAAAUCGAUUUUUCCAUUUUUACUCUGAAGAAAUUUUUAAGAUAAACUUUAUUGA